AUGUCUCGCGCCCUUGCCGUCGGCACCGCUCUGCUGCUGUCGCCGCUGUCGGCGAUGGCGCUGCAGACCGAAGGCGACCAGGGUGCGAAGGGCCACGCCGACGGGGCGAGGGCCCACACCGCGGCCCACGGCCAUGGCGCGAAGGCCCACGCCGCGGCCCACGGCCACGGGGCGAAGGCGCACGGCGUGGCCCACGGCCACGGCGCCCAGAGCCACGCCCAGGCCCGCGGCGGCCAUCCGAAGAGCCAUGCUCUCAGCAGCGAGGCCAAGAUCCAGAAGCUGAAGAAGGACGCGCUCUUCAGCCCCUCGCACCACUUCACUGGCAAGGCCCAGACCGUCUCCGAGGGCUGCGACAGCUGGAAGGGGGAGGGGCUGCACUGCGAGACCGAGUUCCCCGAGCACGCUCUCGUGCGCGACUGGCUCCCCCCAGAUGCCGUGGUCAUGGAGUUCGGCGCGCGCUUCGGCACCACCAGCUGCGAGAUCGCGCGCAAGCUCAACAACAGCGGCAACGUGGUGGUCGUAGAGCCCGAUCUGAACGUGUGGGACGUCCUCGAGUCGAACCUGAAGUCGCACAACUGCAACGCCCACCUGCUCCGCGGUGCUGUCAGCUCAGUGGACCUUCACAUGGCUGCCAAGCUGAACGUGAAGCGCGGCUACUCCAACAGGGCGCUGCAGAAGGGCGGCGUGGUGGUACCUGGCUACAACCUCCACGAGGUGGAGUCGGCCCUCGGCAAGAAGGUGGACUCCCUGCUGAUCGACUGCGAGGGCUGCGCCCAGGACAUGAUGGACCAGCUGGGCCCCGUCAUCGAAAGCGGGCAGAUCAAGCUGCUACUCAUCGAGGGCGACAUGCCUGUGGGGGCGAAGGACUGCCACUCGCACUGCAUGGACUACAAGAAAUUCUUCGCCUACCUCGAGAAGCACGGCUUCAAGAUGGUCGACAAGUUCAACGACUGCGACAUUGAGCGCACUGGCGCCCCCAAGGGCAAGUGGUGUGGCAAGUGGAUUGACCACUUUGCCUUCCAGCGCAAGUGA